AUGCACAGUAAAGGACGCUUAGAGUAUGUGUGCUUCCUGCAGCCAUUCGCCAUUUUUAUAUUUAGUAACAUUGUUCACGUGGUGGAAAGUCAGUCGGUGAAGGUCAUGUUAGGUCCGAUUAGAGAAGAGCAGAAAACAGGCACCUACGUCGGAAACAUAGCCAGUGCUACAUCGAUCAGUCGGGAGGUCAGUCAAGCCGAGUUUAGCACCCUCAGAUUCGACUUUCUUGACCCUUCGGAUAAAUGGACGCAUCUGUUUUCUAUCAAUGGCCGUUCAGGAGCUCUCUUUACGCAGACGAUGAUAGACCGGGAGAUACUUUGCGAUGAUAUGAAGGAUUGUAUCAUUAAGUUUGACGUGACGGUCAACUCUGACGUGACGGAUUUUCUUCGGCUGGUGGAGGUGUCCAUUAAUGUGACGGACAUCAACGACAACAUGCCCACAUUUGAGUCUGAUGAGAUCACCAUUGAUAUCCCAGAGAACAACGCUGUUGGACUGACCAAGCCACUUCCGUCUGCAGUAGACAGGGACAAGGGAGAUAACAGCGUGCAGAAAUACACUCUUUUGAGUCCAUCUGAACCAUUUUCACUGAACGUGGAGAAAAGACUCAACAACAAGUUUCUGCUGUCGCUGGUGGUCAACUCGGCUCUGGACAGGGAAAAACAAGACAAGUACAAGCUGUUGCUGACAGCAGCUGACGGAGGACAGCAGGCUUUGACAGGUACGCUGACAGUGUUUGUGAAUGUGACAGACAUGAACGACAACAACCCUGUGUUCACACAACAGGACUACUCAUACAGUGUCGUGGAGACAGCUGGCGUGGGCGAAGUUCUAGGGAAACUCUCGGCCACUGAUAAAGACAUCGGCAAGAACGCAGAGAUCAGGUACUCAUUGAUGUUUCCAGGAAAAGACAAUCGAGGUCGGGUCUUGUUUGCCAUUGAUCAGUUUACAGGAGAGAUUACCAUUAAGUCCCAGCUUCAGUACGACGCAGGGAAAACGUUCGAGGCUGUCGUGGAAGCCAAGGACCAAGGAGAUAUCCCCAGGGCAUCUGAGGCGACGAUGACGCUGAGCAUCGUCAACGUGGGGAACAACGCCCCACGCCUGGAGGUCAAGCUGCAGAAGACAGUCUUUGAGAAUACAGUGCUCAUCCCGGAAGAUGCUAAAAAUAGCACGUUUGUGGGGAAGCUAACG